UGCAUAUGUUUCUUCGAAAUAGCAUGGUUAAAACAUGAUAUAGCAAAUUAAUAACAACGUGCUUAUUAUCUUUCCAUGGCAGCUCUUAAAAAUGGCCGAAAAGUCAGAUUUUGCUCCCAAGACACCAAAAAGUAGUUACAAACAAUUAGAUGAAUUAGCACAGAAAAAUCAGACAGCGAUUUUUAGUCAAUUUGAACAACACCCAGAGGGAUUUCUUGCUUCUUUAACACUGGGAGAGGAGGUGUUCACUGGAAUUGGAAGCAAUAAAACGGCAGCAAAAGAUAAAGCAGCGGAGGCUGCAUUAGAAAUAUGGAGUACGAAAAUAACUCCAGAGAAAAAGAUAGAAAAGACACCUGUUACGAUACUAAAUGAAUUUUGUCAGCAUAAUAGGAAGAUAAAACACAAAUAUGAGGAGCUUGACAAGGAUGCUGAUGAAUUCGUCUCCAGAGUUUUGAUAAUGCUUGAAAAUGAAGAAGGAGAAGUGGAAAAAGAGGAGGAACACAAAGGAAGAGGCAGAUCUAAGAAAGAUGCUAAACAAAACUCUGCCUCUACAGCUUUACAGAGAAGUUAUAUACUACAUUCCUUCACAGGAGUUGUGCCAAAUGUCAACAAUGAAUCUUGUAUUUCGACAGUCGGACGAUUGUAUGAGUGUAAACCUGGACAGACUGGUUAUGUCCUAAUUGUGUAUUUCAGCAGAGACAGAGACUCAACGCCUAUUGACGAACCAAUACAUUUAUUUGGAAAUUUUAUCUCGGACAAAGGCAUUGAAAC